UUAAUGGGAAGACAGCACAAGUCGUUACGACAUGAAGGCGAUCACACUGGUAGCGUUGGCGGGCCUCGUAGCUCUGGCUGCAGGUUACGUCGUUGUCCCGGAGGACAAGAUUACGUACGCGGACAAGGAUUUUCUGGUGAAGCAGAAGCAGCUGUUGGAAGUUUUCCAGCAUGUCCACCAGCACGAAGUGCACACCGAACUGUGGGAGGUGUCCAAGGAGUACAAAAUCGAGGAAAACUACGAUCACUACACCAACGUCGAGGCGAUCAAGGAAUUCGUCGAGUUCUACAAGCAUGGAAUGCUGCCGUUCGAUGAGAUCUUCAGCGUCUUCCAUUAUACCCACCGUGAGCAGGCCAUCGCUUUGUUCCACCUGUUCUACUACGCCAAGGAUUGGGACACCUUCUACAAAUCGAUUGUCUGGGCCCGUUUCCACGUGAACGAAGGCAUGUUCGUAUACGCCAUCACUGUUGCUCUACUCCACCGAAAGGACUUAGCCGGUCUGGAGCUGCCAGCACCCUACGAAAUCUAUCCGUACUACUUCUUCAACACUGAAGUUGUCCAGAAGGCUUCCCAAUACAAAAUGCAAGGAUUCUACGGCAUGAAGAAGGUCGAUGACGCCUACACUGUUGUCAUCCCAACCAACUACACUGGCUGGUAUGUGCACACCAACGUUGAUCAGAAGGUUUCCUACUUCACCGAAGAUAUCGGCCUGAACACGUACUACUUCUACUUCCACGCUGACUACCCAUUCUGGAUGGGCGGCAAGGAAUUCGGCCUGUACAAGGACCGCCGCGGAGAACUGUUCCUGUUCAAGCACCAGCAGCUGCUCGCUCGCUACUACAUGGAACGCUUGUCCAACGACCUUGGAACCAUCCCAGAGUUCUCGUGGUACAAACCCCUCCCCACAGGAUACUACCCCAACAUGCACUACUACAACGGAGUUGCGUUCCCAUCUCGUGAUAACAACCACUACGUCUACACUCCCGAAAACUACUACGAGAUCGAUGAGCUGAUUGACUACGAGCACCGCAUCCGCGAAGUCAUUGAUCAAGGAUACCUGGUCAUGCCCGAUGGAACCCACGUCGACCUGACCAAGCCGGAAUCCAUCGAAUACCUCGGAAACGUCAUCCAGGGCAACCCGGACAGCGUCAACACUCGCUACUACAAAUACGUCGGCCAGAUCGCUCGCAUUCUGCUGGGAGCCUCCGUUGAGCACUUCGAUGAUCACAAAGUCAUCCCAAGUGUCCUGGAACACUACGAAACCUCCCUGCGUGACCCGAUGUUCUUCCAGCUGUACAAGCGUAUCAUCCACUGGUACUGGGAAUUCAAGGAUCAUCUGCCGCACUACACCUACGACGAGCUGAACUUCCCCGGAGUCAAGGUUGAGUCCGUUGAGGUCGACAAACUGGUCACCUACUUCGACCGCUCCGACGCUGACAUCACCAAUGCCGUUGACGUUGAAGUCUUCGACGACACCACCAUGAAGGGAUCGGACAUCAAGAAGUUCGGCAAGAUCGCUCACUACCAGGGAGAGGACUUCGUCAUCAAAGCCCGCCAAUGGCGUCUCAACCAUAUGCCAUUCACCUUCAAGCUGAACGUUGUGUCCGAGAAGGUCACCAAGGGCGUUGUCCGCGUCUACCUGGCACCCAAGUACGACCAGUACGGACACAUCUACGGAGUCAACGAGAACCGCGAGAACUUCUACCUUCUGGAUGUCUUCCCGUACGACUUCGUUGUCGGCAAGAACUUGAUCACCCGUGACUCGACUCAGUUCUCGAUGUUCGUGCAGGAUCGCACCCCGUACUACGAGCUGUACAAGUGGGUCAUGGAUGCGUACAACGGCGUCAAGAAGUUCCCACUGGACAUGACCGAAGCCCACUGUGGAUUCCCGGCCCGCUUGAUGCUACCCAAGGGCAAGAAGGGCGGUAUGCCGUUCCAGUUGUACUUCAUCGUUUCACCGUACCAUGCUCCCAGCACCCCGCAGCACGAGGGCUACGACUACACGCUGAACUGCGGUGUGGGAUCGGGAGCACGCUAUGUCGACUCGCUUCCGUUCGGAUAUCCGUUCGACCGGCCGAUCGACGAGAAGGUCUGGUUCACCCCGAACAUGUACUACUACGAUGCGAUGGUCUUCCACAAGAACGAGAAGGAGAUCAAUGCCGUUCAUUGAGGAAGGGUGGAAGCAGGAUUGUACGGCCACCGGUAAGAGUUGUGUGAAAUGAUUUGCGAAAAUGGUUUACUGAAUAUAUUGAAUUUAUGUUGUUAAUGUUA